AAUGACUGACUAGGUCAAAGGGUCUAGCAGUGAAGGCUACACAACGUGAUAUCGUGUAAAAAAAAAAAAAAAAAAAGCCAAGAGGGCACACUUUGCUGAAUCUACCUCACUGGACGCACAUACCCUUUACAAGUCCCUCAAGUCCCUCUUGUGCUUCUGCAGCCAUGGCCAGGCGUAAAGCAAAGAAGCCGCAGCUAGACGACACCUCCACAUUGUUGGAAUCAUCAGCUGCACCUCAGUCCAGGAGAAGGCUAAACUCCAACACCUCCUCAGCAUUGUUGUUCAUAAUUAUCUUCAUGGUCGGAGUGUGCAUGAUGGGGUGGUUUUGUGUUCAACAACAGCAGAGUAUCGCCCAACUAUCAGAGUCUUACACAACGAUGCAAAGGAGAAUCACAAACUUCCAGCAGGUGGUGGACACGGAUGAACAGAUUGAUACAGGUUUGGAUGUAGAGGAGAGGAUCUUCGCCCUGGAGGAGGCUCAUAAACAGGCUCAGGAGAAGGCUGAGGUUGCCCAGGCCACAUCAGAGAAGUUGAAAAACUCGGACCUGUUCUCGCAGAUCUUGGACCUCCAUGAUGAGAUGGACACCCGAGUAGCUGUGAUAAACCAGAUCUCCCUCUCUGUCACAACUCUCCAGACCUUGUUCAAGAACCAGAGUGAGGAGUUUGAGGCCGUGAAAGAAAGUGUCGUGGCUGGUUUGAGCUCCAGCUCUGAGCUUUCUGAACAUGUGGCUGGGCUGACUAACGCUGUGGCCUCUGCAUGCUCCAGAGUGGACCAGCAGGUUGCAUCUGUGGACGCUCUUAGUGAAAAGAUAGAGGGACAAGUAUCAGAGCUGGAUGGCCUGAAAGAAUCAAUGGAUAUUCAUAAAGUUUCACUUCAUACGAACAACCAGGACAUGGCUGCAAUAAAGGAGCUUAUCAAAGCCGAGCAGGCCAUGCGGGCUCAGGCAUUACAAGAGAUGGUCAAUGCGGUGCAGAUGACUCUGGAUGAGCAGUUUUUCACAUCACAGACACUCCACAGCAGCGUGAUGGCUCAGUUGCAGACUUUUCACAACCAGCUGGCCCAUACUCCUUCUUGGUCUUUGAAAAUGGAGUCAGAUGAGGAGAGCGGUGCAGUCGAAGAGCUUCUCUCCACCACAGCACAGAAUGCUACUGAAGAGCAGGAAAACUCAAAGGAUGCUGAGGAAGAGGUCGAGCAGCAGGAUGCAGAAGAUGAAGCUAAUGAUGAGACACAGAAUGAGGAGGAAAUUCAGGAAGAACAGCCUCUGGAACAGGAGUUGGUGAGGGACGUUGCAGAGCCCCAGGAGGAAGAAGAAACCACAGAGGAGGAAGAGGAAACAACAACAACAACAACGAAGAGCGAGAGGAGGUGAACACGACAAGCCAGAGUGGGGAGCAGGGAGAGGCUGAAGAGCCAGCGGAAGAGGAGCUCACAGAGGAGACGGUAGACGAUCACGUUUUAGAGGAAUCAUUAGAGGAGGAGGAGGAAUUUGAAGCAGAAGUUGUGGAAAGCUUAGAGACAUUAGAGGAAGAGUCUGCAGAAUUGAAUACUGGUGUGUUUUUGGACGAGAAUGAGGAGGACGAGUAGUGUUACUAGAAGGUCUCCAGUAGUUCACAGGUUAUUUUUAAAGUCUUAUUUAGAUAAACGGAAACCUUUUGUACUUACAGUAUCUAUUCUUAGAUGAAUACAAGUAGCUGACUGAGCAAUAUUUGUAUUCCAACUGUAGCCUAUCUGAGGUAUGGGUAGUAUCAGAUAAGCAGUCCUUUGGGGAAGAAAAAGAAUGUGAUACAUACUUAAAGUGCUUCAAUAAUUAAUUUUAAUGGGAAUUCCAGCUUCUUAACAUCUAAACUUAUAGCUUAUGAAUAUUGUCUGUCUCUUUUUUUUUAACUCAGCAGGACAUCUGAGGAUGUCAUUGACCAUUUUUUUUUUAAAUAAACCCGACAACUACUUGAUUAAUCAACAAAAACUGAUCAACAGUGAAAAGUGUUGUCAUUGGUAUAUUCCUUCCUGUUUUAAUGCUCUUCAGCACACAUUCUGCAAUUUUACGAACUUAUAUGAAUUUAAUUCUAAUAGAAAAAAUGAUGAAGUUAUGAUUAAUUAAUUCAGUCAUAAUGAAAAGUCUAAAAGAAAAUGGGUUUGAGCUUACUCUACAGUGUUAUUAGAGCAAUACAUUAUUAAUAGUAAUUUGUUAAUCAAAGUGACAUUUUAUGUAAAGUAAUUUAAACAUCUAUUAUUUCUUAUAUAUAUAAAUCAGAUUAUUAUAAAUACUUUUCAUACAUUUAAAUUUUAAGAAAAAAGUGAGUAUUAUUUACAGAGCCUUUUUGCAAUAUGAAUAGAAAGAGAAUAUCUGUACAGCUUGUAAUGUAACACACGUGCAUAAGAAGUAUCUCUCUGCAAAGUUAUUUAUGGUACGACUGUACAUGCUGUACAUGUGGGUUACAUAUGUUUCCCCUGGUACAUUCUGAUCUCUCUUCAUGAAGCCCUGUUUAGUGAAAAGGUCAAAGUACCAUUUUCUCCCAGCAGGUGGUGCCAGAUUAUAACCACCAUUGUCAUGAAGAAAAAUCAUCAAAUGUGAACCACUAAAUAUACCUUUCAAAGAGGGAAUCUGUGAAGAAGACCUCUAUUUAAAACGUUGUGAUUGUGAUCAUCUUCCUCGGUCUGCUGGUUUUUGUACGGCCCUGCACCUACAGUACGUGAUGUUAUUGUAACUACCUUCUUUUUCUAAUCUAUGAGUGUCCCAUCAUUUUGUCCUGCUUACCAUAUUAUUCAAACAGAUAGCUACAUCUACCGGUAGUUUAUACCAUGGGUUCCUCAACAGUGAUCUUUUAUAUGUAUUUGAAAAUCUCUGAAUCGUGGGCUGCAACUUCCAAGAUCUGCUGAAUAAAUUGUGGCAACUUUCCCUGCAGGAAAUCAAUCUGGUUUUCUUCCAGCAGGUGGUGCCAGAUCAUAACCACAACUGUCAUGAAAAAAUAUCAUGAAUUUUGAACCACUAAAUAUUCCUUUCAAAUAGGGAAUCUGUGAGUGUCACAUCAUUUUGUCCUGCUUAUUAUAUUAUUAAAUUAUACUAACAGAUGGCUAUCCCUAGUUUCUGCAGUAUAGACUCGACGGGGACCUCAUACAUAUUUGAAAAUCACUGAAUCUUGGGCCGCAACUUAAAGAUCUGCUGAAUACUUUGUUACACUGUUGUGUGGCAACUUUCCCUGCCGGAAACACACCUGUUAAAGUUGCCCAUUUUGCAAUUCAUUUAAAGGUGAAGGUAAUUCAAGUUUUUUUUUUGUU